AUGCUUGGUGGCCUGGCCCGGACCAAGACAUUGCGCAUUUGGUGCAGAGCAGCCAAAUCUGCCAGGAGAAUCAGCGAGCCUCACGUCAUGUGGAAAUCACCCCCCUGGCCGUUCCCACAGAGACGCUGGUCCCACCUACAUGUGGAUUUUGGGGGAUCCUUCAAGGGCCAUUCUUCCUGGUGGUGGUGGACGCCUUUUGAAUCGCUACGACAGGUCUUCGCCGCCCAGGGGUGGCCGGAUGUCAUCGUGUCCGACAAUGGCCCUGCUUUCGCCAACGCAGAGUACCUGGCCUGGCUGACGAAAAACGGAAUCCGCCGGAUGAUGGCUCCACCGUGCCACCCUGCUGCAAAUGGUGCAGCCGAGCGGGUGGUGCAAACCAUCAAAGACAAGCUCAAGAAGAGCCAGACUGGGGAUUUCUGGACGCAGAUUGCUCGGAUACUGCUUUAG